UAGAUUCACAGUAACAAAAUAGACAGUUUGUACAUUUUAGUAAGUAGUUUGCAGCUCUAUGUGCUGCACUGUCUUUGCCAUUGUCAAAAAAAUGUCAAUUAUUGACAUUUAAAAAAAAGAAAGAUUUCUGAAGGAUUACGAGAUUUUCAUUUACAAAAAGUAUAAAAGAUGGGUGGACAUGGACAUGGGCCUCCAUACAAAAUACCAAGCUACGAGCAAUUCACCAUCAAGGGUAUUCCUCAGCUAGAAGAACUUGAAAAAGCACUAGAGAAAAAGGGCCUUCGUGAUCCAUGGAUCAGGAAUGAGGCGUGGCGCUACCACCCCGGGUUCGGCACGAAGUGGGCUCGCGCGCGCGCCGUGUUCUUCCGCGGCGCGCCGCUCGGGCUAGGGCUGGCCCUGCUCACCGUCGCCGCCACCAAGGCGUUCGGCGGCAAGGCGGAACACGACCACCACUGAUGUGUUAUUUAAUUUAUCAUAUUAUCGUUAUCUUUGAUUGCUAUUGGCUAGGCAUAGAAAUAAAAACAUAAGAAACCCAAUCUA